CAAAACAAUCGUCCACUGGUCCCCGCUCAGGUUUGCUUCCUCUUCUCUGAGCAGCUGUUCCUUUGGGAGUCGAGAAAAAGCACAAUAAAUUGAAAAAAUGGCUAACGAGUCUGUGUGGAGGAGACCCAGAACUGAUGACGACGAGGAUGAACUUCUACGCCAGCAAGAAGAAUUCCUAAGGUCACGUCAACCGCUGCCUGUAAAACUCGUAAAUUCAAAAUGUUCUGUCGGGCAAAGCAAAUCACAGUCUUUAAAUUCGGCAAAGCUAGAUGCGGUGUCGACCUCACAGGGUGUUGGAGAAGUGAUAAAUCCCGAUAUCAGAGACAAAAUCGAAAAAAUUUCGAAGACGCUCGAAGAUGUGGUACACGAUGUGCCAACAGUUACAUCAGAUGUUAUAAUUGGAAAUAUUGUGGAAAAGAAAUUCCAAGGUGACGAGCGCAAGUUUGACAAUAACUGUUUGUCUGCGGCAAGUGUACUGGGGUUUCCGAAAGUUUUUAAAUAUGAAACCAAUGUACCAUCCACUGACAAAGUCAUUGGUAAGCACAGUUUAUUCUGGCAUAAAAUUAAAUCACAGAAGACUGGCAAAGAUAACGUUGUCAAAAUUCAGAAGGAUGAAUCUUCUGUUUGUUGUAACAAAGAAGAGACAGAUGUUGCAAUUGACAGUCAAUUAGUUAUUGAGAUUCACAAAGAAAAUUUGGAAAAGUUGUCUCAAAUGAGUCAAGAAGAAAUAUUAACAGAAAAGAAAAAACUGGAAGAGACUCUCGAUCCUAAAAUAAUACAAUUUUUGAGAAACAAGAGGAGUCACAAAUCUAAGAAAAGAUCAGCUGAAGAAAAUAAAUUGCAACCCAAUGUGUCAGUUAUAAAUAAUGAAGUAAUUGAUACAGAACCACCUGAUGAUAAAAAAAUAAAACUGCUUUUAAACAAAAACGAGAAUGAUGUAGAAAUGAAUUGUGAAAAUGCAUCAAAUGUUUCAAUCUUAGAAGAAACAGUCAUGGACACAGAAGUAUCCAGUGACAAAACAGAAAAAAUGUUAAACGAUGACAAGAAAAUGGAUUGCAAAGAUGAUACAUUAAAUAUACCAGAAUCAUCCAAAGAAAUAUUAGAAGAAAGCAAACAAAAGGGAUGGCUUCAUAUGGAUAGACCAGAGCCAGAUAAGUUGAAGUGGAUGGAAGACUUGCUAGAGGAAAAGAAAAAUGAGCCUAUGUUGAAUGAAGAGUAUAAUGCAAGAUUUGAUUUCAAAGGUCUUUUAUUACCAUAUAAGGAUGAGAAUUUAACAAUGGACAAAGGUCUCCACCAUCAUGGUGAGGAGCCUGAUCGUCCUGGAUACUCUCUUCAAGAGUUGCUACAGCUGAGUAGAUCUUCCACUCAGCAGCAAAGGUGUACCGCGCUCACCACUUUAGCCAACGUUAUGGAAAAAACACACAAAGGCUGGUACGACAAGGCUCUGUAUCCGGCGCCGUUAACCGCGCUCAGUCAAAAAAAUAUUUUGCUGCUGCUGAGGUUCUCGUUAGACGAUACGUCCGUAGCUGUAAUAACAGCUGCUCUGCAAGCGCUCCGAGCUUUUCUGGUUAGCGAAGCGGACGAGGUAUGUCUCGAUAGGUUAUACGGAUUCGGAAUGUGUGAAGAACCGACUUUGAUGCCCGAACUCGAGGACAAAGAAACGGAUAGUCUGAAAGAUCACGAGCUGGCGCAAUUUGAUGCCGUAGCUACGUUAAUAAGAACAGAUAUUCUAAAAAGAAUUAGAUACAUACUAAGUGAGAUACGUCCACCAGCUGUUGGAGUAAAAUGUGCAUUAGAGAUACUCAUUCGCCUUGCGAGACACUCCCACGCAACAGCGGUGAAUAUUGCAUCUACGGCGGAUUUGUUAAAUAUCAUCGUCAAGAAUUUUAUGCCACUGUCUGUAGAUCGACUAGCGAUGCAGGAUACAGUAAACAGUGCUUACGGAGUUCCAGUAGUCACGGCUAUUAAACUUUGUCGUGUUCUUGUCACAUACGUUAAGAAACCCAUAGCACAACAAUUAAAAAUCAUGGAAGUUAUCCCGAUCAUUCUAACGUACAUUACUAGCGAUACGGGUAAACAAUAUAACACGAAUCUUGGGAUUGAAAGCUUGCGACUCUGGCAAAUGCUGUUGCAUUACGAGAUAAGCUCGGACAGUGUCUUAGGAGCCGUUUUAAUUCUGAAUUCACAAUUACAACUUUUACUGAGUAAUCACGAUAUUCAAAACAUGUCCGAGCUGUCGUGCGAAUACGCUGCGGCGUUAAUUACGGUGACGAGUUAUGGUCGUGAAUUAAUGCCACAUGUGUCCACGUUGCUGGAGAAGUGGAGCGUUCAAUUUUCGUUGAUGUCACAACCUACGUGGUGUGUUAUGAAAUUGAUCGCCAAAACUUUACUCGUCGUUUAUACGAAAUCCAACUUCAGAACAACGCGGUUAUCUAUUCAACAUGUUUUUGCAACACUCCGUUCCAGUUCGAAUUUGUUGAGUGACUACAAGUUGGCUGAUCGGAUACCAUCUUGUCUACCAAAUCUGGAUGUGAUCGCGGAAGACGGAAAGUUGCAGCCGCUGGUGUCUGUAAAUUCGUGCAUACCGUUUUUGGCGACACUGCUAAAUAUAUACAACAGUCAUUCUUGCGUAGCAGAGAUACGUGCGAUAAUCGAACACCCGUCUUUUUACAAAUAUAUGCGAGACUUGGAGACGGUAGAGUGGAAUUUGGAACGAUCGUGGUACACCAGAAUGGAGUUGUAUCUCUUGACAGCGGUGGUAAAAGGAGCGCACCUGUUGAGAGACACGAUUGACAAUCGGACGUCAAAAAUUAUAUGGAAGAUCAAUAUCAAACUCAUCUCGACUUUACCAAUGGAUGCUGGUGAUCAGGUUAAAGAGCUCCUUGAAAUUGCACUAUCUAAUGAAGAAGUAAACUUGGAAAUAAUCACCAACGAAUUUAACAAAUUGAAUUUGACAUCCGUAAUAAAUCAAAAUAAGAUAGGUUUGUGUUCCAACGCGGCGUCUUUGUAUCAGAGAUACGUAGUUUCGAAAGGCGAAUGGAAUCAGGCGGCAAUGCCGAAAGACUGGCUUUUUUUACCGUUGGUUCACGUAUACACAAAGUGCAAAAACAAUGUAAAACUGCAGCCGGAAGAUAAGGACAGCAUUCGGGCUGUGCUCAGUCUGGCGUUGAUCCUGCCCGAUCUUAUGAAAAAGUUGUCGCCCACCUUAAGAUUCAGCAGACUGUUACUGGUGUAUCUGUGCGACACGGUGUAUCUGGACAAAGACGUGUCUGUGUUAGUGUCGAAUGUCAUGUCGAGUUUACUGAGAAAGUACCACGCGCGGCUCAACUUUCAAAUGGAACUUCCCGGAUUAAACUCCUUUGUUGAUUUGUUUACGGCAUUGUGCGAGCACUUCUGCUCGAACUCGUACGGCGACGACGGUUUCGCGUCGGUGUUGCUGGUGCCAUUGGCGCAACGGCACAACGCUCACUAUCGGAAAUUACUGUGGUCGGAACACGCAGCCGCGCUGCGAUAUCUGAGACUGCCGUGGGACAAGCUGCUGGUGCCAGCGAAGGAGUAUCUCCAUCCAGAAGAAGAAGACACGUCGCUCAUAGAGAGUUACAUCACGGCGUUGGUCCGCGAAACGGUCAAAGAGACGUGGUGUCCGAUUCCAUUUGCGAUCGCUGUGCACCAUUCGGCGAUGUAUUUGAAGCGAAGCGACAAACUGGCCACGCGAAUGCGAACGCAGAUGGAGAAGUUACGAAACAGAGAUAUCGCGGACAAGUUGUUGCAUUAUACACCGCUGCAAUUCUAAAUGUACUCACUUGGCUGGAGAGAAAGAGAGAUUUCAAGAAUCAUUCCGGACUAGGAGAAGCGAGACUACUCCCAGAAAUAGGCCCCGAAGUUCAUCCCGUCGUUCACAAGCGC